CAAUAUCCUUUACACAAGCUACACACACUGCCGCAGUUGUCACCGAAUGUGUAAAAAGUUGCGCCAAAACAGGAGCUCGAUGUACCCCUCCAGUGGCAGCACCUGAAAAACCUCUGAGGAACCCCGUUCAAGAGCGCCCCUGAGCAGGCGCUUUGGAUGUUGUUGACCGGGCGUGCAAGGCUUGACGGGUCGUCUCUUAGCCAGGACGCCCCCGUGUUGGAAGCGCGUUUCUAGGCUGAAAGGGAUGGCCGUCCGGAGUUCGCCUUUCUCAGCUUUGAGAGGGCAAACGCGGCCAUAGGCAGGGCUUUUUCGACGCUCUGCAUAGAAGAAACCACGACAAAAAAAUUUUCAUUUUUUCUCAGAGCAGGGUCUAUCAAUGCAGGGGGCGACUUUUGCGGGCUACAAUGACGUCCGGGGGUAUCUGGCCGAAGAGUUUGGAUGGGACGCCACUUCUCAGGCGAAGCGGCUAGAAGACGUGGUGAAGAACAAGAAGCUGGUCUCCAAUCUUGUGGCCAUAUUUAAUUAUGUAUGAAAGAUAGUGUAGUUAAAAGAGUGGGAGUUACGAGAGGUUAUGACGUAGAGCAGAGGAGGUCAGUGGCGAACCUGCUGUUCGACUUGGCGGGGCGACUGAGCUCGGCCUUGAAAUGUUUUCAGCAGGUGGUUUGUUGGAUUGUAGAGGGUCAGGCUCGAGCCCCGCACCUGGAUGCCAUCGUGGAAUACGUAAAGAAGCACGGAGACCCGAGCACCGAAGAAAUUGAGGCAAAUUGCGGGAUAGGCCAAUUUGUGGACGAGGGCGAAGUGAAGAGUGUGAUUAAGGAGCUGUUGGACGAGAACAUGGGCGAGCUCAAAGAGAAGAGGUACCAGAUGGUCUCGUGGCUGCAUAGCCAGCUUCGGCUGCGGUUGCCUUGGGCCGACAGAGCUCUGGUUAAUCGAGAAUUGAUGAACCGGCUGAAUGAGACCAUAGGCCCCAAACAAGAUGGCGAGGUGCAGCGCGUGUCCGCGAAGAGACCGUCUGGUAAGAAAAAGUCUUCUCCGUCUGCCGAGGCAGGUUCAGAGGCCUCUCGUAUCUCGGAGAGCAUCGCCUUUCCCAUGCCCUGCGAGAACACGAAUCAGGACCUUCGACUGUUGAAAGAGCAUCUAGAGAGAACUGGAGGAAUUGUCAUCACGCGCUUCCCGCCUGAGCCGAACGGCUUUUUGCACAUCGGUCAUGCCAAAGCGAUGAAUCUGAACUUCGGGUAUGCCAGCAAGAUGAAUGGCAAAUGCUACCUGCGAUUUGAUGACACGAAUCCAGCAGCGGAAACGCAGGAAUAUAUCGAUUCGAUCAUCGACAUGACCGAAUGGCUUGGAUACAAACCCCACGCGGUUACCUAUGCGAGCGACUAUUUCGGCAAAUUGUACGAUUUGGCGGUCGAGUUGAUAAAGCGCGGAAAGGCAUUUGUGUGCCACCAGCGUCCAGAAGAAUAUCGUGGCCUGAACGAUGUAGAGGCAAAAAAGAGUCCUUGGCGUGACCGUCCAAUUGAAGAAAACCUGAAACUGUUUCGAGACAUGAAGAACGGGAAACUAAGAGAAGGAGAGGCCAGUCUGAGAAUGAAAAUGGACAUAGAAAGUCCCAAUCCCUGUAUGUGGGAUUUGGUUGCAUAUCGUAUAAAAUAUCAUCCUCACCCCCGUACGGGCGACCAAUGGUGUAUCUAUCCGAGCUACGACUUCACACAUUGCAUCAACGACUCCCUUGAAGACAUCACUCAUUCCCUCUGCACCUUGGAAUACGUGCCAAGAAACCAAAGCUAUUAUUGGCUCUUGGAUGCACUCCAGCUCUAUCGCCCCCUUGUAUGGGAAUAUGGACGUUUAAACCUCACACACACGGUUUUAUCCAAACGCGUUUUGGUUCGUCUUGUAAACGAGAAAAUCGUCUCCGGAUUCGACGAUCCGCGCAUGCCCACCCUGUCUGGGUACCGUCGCCGAGGGUACACGAGUCGAGCCAUUAAUCGGUUCUGCGAGGAUGUGGGCGUCACUCGUGCGGACGGCGUCUUCAUACCUAUCUCUCGACUCGAACACGCUCUUAGAGAAGACCUGGACUCCAGGGCCCCGCGACUCAUGGCCGUCCUCUAUCCCCUGAAGGUCAUCAUAUCUAACUUGGACGAAUCCAUCCAGGUCACUCGCCAAAAUAUUCCUGGAUUUCCAGAAAAGGGCUCCAACACCGUCGACCUUACCAAAGUCAUCUAUAUUGACAAAGCCGACUUUCGCGAACACGACGUGCCGAACUUUCACAACCUGGCCCUUCACACUUCCUCCGGCAAGCUGAAAUGGGUCCGACUCCGAUACGGCCCGGUCAUCGCCGUCACAGACGUCAUGCGCAGCGACUCCGGAGAGAUCACCGAACUUAUCGCUGUACAUGACCCUCACGCCACCAAGUCGUCCGGCACCAUUCACUGGGUCUCUGCUCCGGACCAACCGUGUCCGAACGGUCCCUCCUUGAAAGCCGAGUUUCGUCUGUACGAUCACCUAUUCAAAAGCGAAAAGCCGGCCUCUUUGAAGGACGCCGCGCUCUUCAACGACGUCAACCCGGACAGUCUCGUCAUUACACAUGGAUACGUCGACUCGACUGCGUCGAAACUCAAAGCUUGGGACCACGUCCAGUUCGAGCGGCUUGGCUUCUUCAACGUGGAUCCUGACUCCUUCAAAGACCAUCCGCUGCAGCUCAUUUUCAACCGUUCCGUGCCACUUAACGAGGCAAAAGACAAACCAAAAUAAAACGGAUCGUCUCCG